AUGCUUUCCCAUUGUUUCCAAACCCGUGAUGCGCUGCUAGCUAUUCGCCGAGAACUUGGUCUGCCGCUUUCGCUCUCAUCGUUCCCAGCGGAACCAAACUCCAAACUCCAGUCAUCCCAUCCUCGAGCUAAUAAUAAGCACACACCGAGUAACCUCGUGGGCCUCAUCUCUCCCAAAACUACUCCAUACGGAUACCGCCUCCAAGACCCUGCUUCCGGACCCCCUGCGUUCCGAUUUAUCCUGCAGCCCAUCCAUACCGAAUACAAUCUACGAGCCAGCAGCUACUCUCUGCCGUCCACAUGGCUAACCUACCGUCCACCGAACAAGCGCCGAUUGCAUGCCAUCUUCAGCGCUGCUGCUGCUGCUGCUGCUGCUGCUGUGCCAUCCGCCGUCCCAUCCAACACGCCACCACUGAUUGAUGUUGUAACCAAUUGUCGGCCGCUUCCUCUUUCUGUCACGCACGCGCCGGCUCAUCGCAACGGCUCCUUGGCUCUUCCACCACUUCCUCCAAUCUAA